CUUUACGAACGGCUCUAUAAGUUAUAGAUGCGAUUUCUCUUUAACUCUCACUAGCCAAUCAUAGUUCUCUAAAUCAGUUAAUGAUAAAAUAGUGCAGAGGCGGAGCUAAAAGUUAAAGGAUCUGGCCCCUUUAAGUUAUAGAGCCACUCGUAAAGGAUAUUUGUGUACCCUUACUGCGCCUUAGAAAGAUUUGAUUUGCGUUGUAGUUUGUACCAAAGCUUUAUUGUAGAACUAAUGGGUUCUUGCUGUUGUGCGAAGUGCUGUAGUGUUUUCCUGCAAAGCUUUUUCCCAUAUCCUGGAAGACGGAUAAACGUGUUAUUCAAGCUGCCAACAUGGCCGGAAUGAUUUUUUCGCUGGGAACGAUGCCGCGAUAUCAGAGGAUGUUCACGGAUGUCAACCAGAUUAGCUGCCAGAACACAGUCCUCGUGCGCAACGACGACGACAGUUGGUGGCUGGGGUAUAUUCAGGAGAUGGACGGCGACCAAGUCUUUAUCUACUUUGACUCCACAAAGAUCAGAGCGCGGUGGAUUCACCUAAGAUCUAUCUGGUCAUUCCCAUUUUACUGGACCAAGGACGCUCGUGAUAAGCAAUUAGGAGGCUCCUAUAACGUUCCAGUUUUUGUGGCACUCCGAGACGAAGACAACGGACCAUUUUGUUUCCGCCCAGCCGUAAUGUUGCGGCCUUUAUGGUGUUGUGAGUUCUUGUAUGGAAUAUGCUUCAUCAGAACUGAUGGUGGCAUGGAUAACGCUUACGGACAGAGACCUCGUUUGGAGUUGGUUGACCACGGCCAGGUUGUCUAUCAGUUACCGCCCACGGGGCCAUCCUUAUUCGAGCGUCGCAGUGGUUUGAUUUUCACCAAACACUUCAUCCCGUUGGCCAGAGCACAAGCCCUUCUGGGAGAUGCUUCCGACAAGUUCCGGAUCGUCAAACAUCUUUGCACGGCUCUAAGGGAAGAGUUGCGCUUACCGUGCCCGUCGGCGUCUUGCCGGUUUCAUCUGCGAAUUCAAGAAGAUUGCUCCGUGAUUAUUAUUAUCGGGUGCACAACGGACCCUUUAAGACCGCCACUGACGACUUCUUUGUUGUUGAAAGUUCUGGAAACGCAUCUGACCAGCCGUGCUGAACUGCCACCUAUCGCUAACCGAAUGUUUUGUGCAAGCGAAAGCGUCCCGUUUGAAGAAGAAGACGAGCUGCUCCUGACUGCUUCCAUCCGUGAUCUGACCCCUUCGCUUCUAAGUGAAAUAUUUAUCCAUUUGGACUUGCAUUCCCAAAUGAGGACCAAACGGGUAUGCGCUUUGUGGCAGUUGCUACUCAGCAGUCCCCGCAUGGCGGAGCACAUCAGCAUCUCGUUUGAAAGCUGUUGGCAUCUGAAGGUGGACAACGGAAACUGCUACAAAGCGGCCACUCUCCUCUGCCGCUCAAUCAAUACUACCACAGUAAGCCUCACAAUAUUGCGAGUUCCCCCGCCAAACCACAGGUCAUUUUUGAACACGUUGCUUAAAACGAUGGAAACUAAACUUUCCUUGAUCGUGUUCAAAGACCACACUUACAACGAGGAGCCUAAAGGGACUCUACAUGAUCAGCAGCAAUCUCGGUUGAAACAUACAGCCAUGAUCGAGCUAACCAUAUAUAAGCACACCUGCAACUACGUCGUGCUGCACAAUUGGAAAGUUUCCGUUCUUUUCGGCCCCCUAAUGUACCAAGUAUUUGAACUACCUUCUUACCGAGAGCACUCUGACGGUGUUACCGCGAUGCGCCGUCUCCCAGCACACGAGUGGGAAUUCAUGAAACGUCUUACAAGGCACUCUCACGAACUGAAUAUCGACAAUCUGCAGAUCCGCAUUCCGAGGCUCCUUCUCAAAUGCAGCGACGGCAAACUGCACAUGGCCAGCCGCUUCAUGUGCGCCCUCAAUGACAACUUCCCGCCGGUCACUGCGGACAUGCUGACAAAGGUCACCACUGUCCAUGAUCGCUGGGUGCGCAGCUUGGCGUAUCCGGAUGAUUGGCAAGCCAUUCGCAACUUUCUCCGACUGUUCAGCGGGUUUCAGCCAGACGGGAGACCGCAAAUGUGGAACGAUGUUGACUUAAGGCUGCUGGAUAUAACAAAGUUAAGUAAAAUGGCUGUGUAUGGAAUAGACGAGCUGUUUCACGUGUGAACCCUGCAUCUGGAUCAUCGCCUGCGUCGAGAGGAAAGCAAACCGGACGUUGGAUCAGCAGACGUUAAAAAAAAGGCUAUGGUGGUUUCGACCGGACGUUAAAAAGGCUAUGGUGGUUUCGACCUAUGCACUAAAGAAAUUAGAAAUGCUUGCAAAAUGCAGAUGGUAUCUAAGGCAGCGUUUGUGGCUUGGUUAUUUGGCACAGUAAUGACGGCAAUCAUACAAUAAUCUUUGGUCUGACCAUUGCAGCUUUAUGCUUUUGAGUUAUUUUAACUUUCCACUACAGAAAAAUUUGAAAUUUACAUGCUUUUACAAUAAUGUUAUUAGGUCUAAAGGGUAUCAAUAUUAAAAAAUACAACCUUUAUUGCGAUUUCGUCCCAA